AUGAUUAAAAAAUAUUUUUUUAUUUUAAUAAUUUUAAUAAUAAUUUUAAUUAUUAAUUGCCAAGAAUUAUGUGAUUGUAAUUUAGAUUGUGAUGAUUGUGAUCAAUGUACAACAGAUUUAUGUAUUCAAGGAUGUUGCACCCAUAUUGAAAUAAAUUGUGAUGAUGGUAAUCAUUGUACUACUGAUGGUUGUUCAAUUGAAACUGGAUGUACACAUAUCAAUAUUGAAUGUAAUGAUGGUGAUGCUUGUACCAUUGAUGGUUGUUCAAAAUCUAGUGGUUGUUUUUAUUCCCCAAUUUCAUGUGAUGAUGGUAAUGCUUGUACCAAUGAUGGUUGUUUAAAAGAAACUGGUUGUUGUACCCAUACAAAUGUAGAAUGUUGUGAUGGUAAUGCUUGUACUGUUGAUUCUUGUUUACCUUCAACUGGUGAAUGUUGUUAUUCUCCAAUUUCUUGUGAUGAUAUUAAUCAAUGUACCACUGAUACUUGUUCAAAUUCAACUGGUGCUUGUUGUAAUUUACCAAUUUCAUGUGAUGAUAAUAAUCAAUGUACCACUGAUUCAUGUUUAGAGUCUACUGGUUGUUGUCAUAAUGAAAUAACUUGUGAUGAUGGUAAUCAAUGUACUUUUGAUUCUUGUUCGCCUUCAACUGGCUGUUGUCAUAAUCAAAUAACCUGUGAUGAUGGUAAUCAAUGUACUACCGAUUCUUGUUCAAUUGAAACUGGUUGUUGUAAUUCUCCAAUUUCUUGUGACGAUGGUAAUCAAUGUACUACCGAUUCUUGUUCCCCUUCAACUGGUUGUUGUCAUAAUCAAAUUAGUUGUGAUGAUGGUAAUCAAUGUACUGCAGAUUCUUGUUCAAUGGAAACUGGUUGUUGUCAUUCACCAAUUUCAUGUGAUGAUGGUAAUGCUUGCACUAUAGAUUCUUGUUCUCCAACAACUGGUUGUUGUCAUUCUCCAAUUUCUUGUGAUGAUGGUAAUGAUUGUACAAUUGAUUCUUGCUCUCCAAAAACUGGUUGUUGUCACACCCCUUUGGAAUUAACAGAACCAAUUCAAUUACAUUAUGUAUAUCAAGAUAUCAAUGAUUAUUAA